AUGGAGAUUACGGCGCGCUUGGUUCGCGAGCUCGAGAGGGCGCGAAGACGGGCGAGCGGGGAAGACGUCGGUGAAAAUGAGCGGGACGCGCGAGCGGCGAGCGGAGGCGAACGGGGAGGCGCGUCGACGAGCGGGAUCGGGGCGAAACCGGGGACGGCGGCGCGCGGGCUCUUCGCGCCGGCGGACCUGUUGUCGACGGCGCGCGUCGCGCCGGGGAAUCAUCGCGAGGCGAUCGCGGACGAGGCGGUGAGACGCAGACACCCAGAUGUAGACGGCGCGCUUCGCGCGAGCGAGCGCGUGGGAGAUUUAUUGCUCAAGCGAGAGGAGGGAGAAAUCGCUCGAACGCGUCGAUUCGUCGAGGAGCUCGACGCGCUCGAGCGCGAUCCAUUCAACGGCGCGCGCGAGCCGCCGUGCGCCGUCGAGGCCGCGAGCGUUCGCGCGUGUUACGGCGCCAACGCCGCGAACGUCACCGCGUGCCACGAUCUCGUGGACGAAUAUAAAAAGUGCGGUCGCGUGGCGCUGCGAAAGUUUGUCUCUCGCGAGCCCGCCGCGGCGUAG